AUGAUCAACGACACUCUUGCGUUUGGAGAACUGGACACGAAUAUUUCUGAGUCCCUGACGCCUCUCUCUCUCAGCCUCAACCAAAGCGUGUUCCCUGCGCUCUGGCUAGAGUCCAAGUCUCUGGUCACUUCAGCCACGAUGUUCGCCGUGGGUGUCCUAGGGAACAUCAUCGCCAUCGUCGUGCUGUGUAUCUCCAAAAAGGAGCAGAAAGAAACCACCUUCUACACUCUGGUCUGCGGGAUGGCCAUCACGGAUCUGUUGGGAACAUGCUUCACCAGCCCGGUGGUGAUCGCCACAUAUGUGGCCAACCGCUGGCCAGGAGGAGUGCUGCUCUGCCACUUCUUCUCCUUCUCCAUGCUCUUCUUCGGUUCAGCCGGGAUGUCAAUCCUGUGCGCCAUGGCCGUGGAACGAUACUUGGCCAUAAACCAUGCGUAUUUCUACUCCCAGCACAUAGACCGGACAAUGGCGCGCUUUGCGCUGCUGGUCACCUACCUGGCUAACAUUUUACUUUGCAUUAUGCCCAGUUUUGGCUUCGGACAGCACGUCAGGCACUUUCCCGGGACUUGGUGCUUUCUGGACUGGAGGGCGAUGGAUCCACUUGGAGCCUGCUACUCCUUCUUGUACGCCGGCGUGAUGCUGGUGCUGAUCGCAGUGACAGUUUUGUGUAAUUUGGCAGUGUGCAGGUCGCUGGUGGGGAUGAACCAGACGACAGGGAUAGUCAGGACGGAGUCCUGUGAGCAGGGAGGAUCACGUCGCCGCUUCCCCCGGCUGCCGUCGGUCACCUCAGCGGCGGAGAUUCAAAUGUUCUGGCUUCUGAUCUUCAUGACCAUCGUUUUCCUGGUCUGCUCCAUCCCUUUAGUGGUGCGAAUCUUCGUCAACCAGCUGUACGACCCUGCUUACAUCUCUGCUGGGGGUAAGCCUGACUACCGGGGCGACAUGUUGGCGAUCCGCUUCGCCUCAUUCAACCCCAUAUUAGACCCCUGGGUGUACAUUCUGUGCCGGAAGAACCUGCUGCUAAAAGGCUGCGAGAAGCUGAAGAGGACAGUGGCCCACGUUAAAGACGGUCGUGGUGACAACAUCGGUUGGGUAGGAGGUCAACACUCCCCUCCGUCUUUAAACAGUAAUGACACCAGCUACGCGUCAUUACGCACAGCCUGCUACAGGAACGACGUGGAACUCCGGGUGACCAUCAAGAAUACAUCUUUUACAGACUUUGCGAGGAGGCAAGCAUGGGAGUACGACACCACCCGGGUCAACUUCCACCCGUUCAGCGUCGAGUCCACCGCGAUCCUCGGGUGUGAAGAGGAAGCAGCAUCUAGUUCCAAACAGGAGGUGGCGCUCAAGUCGUCUCCAGGACGCAGUGAAACGCCGCUGCUGUCCGCGCACAUUAGAAAAGUGGACAUUGUCACCUGCACGUUCAGCACACCGAGUUCAUGUCAGUCAGCGAAAUGCCUUUGAUAAACAAGUGUGAGCUGCCAACAUCUGUUUAAAAUGUCUUCAGAGUCGGUCAGCUGUUUCAUCUGCACAGAAAACGUUUUAAUUCAACUGUGAGCAAAACCAACGGUGCUAGUGA